AUGUGCUGCUACAAUAGUUAAAAUAUAAACAACGGAUUUUCAAAAAAACCUCAUAUUUUUCAAAUAGGAAGUUAUUUAAUAUUUAUCUACAUAGCUUUUGUUUAAUACUGGCUUCUCACUCCUUCCUAAGAACAAGGAGUAGAAAGAAUUUCCUGUCUCAUUAUUUCUUCAGUCUUAUUUUUUUCAGUUAUUAUAAGCGCUAUACUUGCCGCUGCUACAGACCCAACUGAUUUAAUAGUAAAAAAGUAUAAAAUGUCCUUAGAAAGUGGGGAGUGGUUUGACGUUUCCCAAUACAGAUUAUAUUGUGAUUAAUGCAUUUCAUUUGUUUCAGACACAUCUAAGCAUUGUAGAAGAUGCAACAGAUGUGUUUAAAAUUUUGACCAUCACUGUAAGUGGAUAAACAAUUGCAUCGGACAAUAUAACUAUAAAUCUUUUUUAUGGAUGAUUAUAUCUGUUAUGUUCUUCAGUCUAUUUGAGUUGAUUCAGCAGAUUUUAUGUAUAGUUAGGCUUCAUAAAUUCUCAAAUUAGUUGAGUAAAAAGUUAGAUUUAAGCCCUAUUGGAGCAGGAAUCAUCUCAUACAGUGCUUUGAUUCUGACUUUAAUAAUUUUCAUACUUAUUUCUAACCUUGUAUUUCUUCAUAUCUGGUUGAUUACUAAAAAGAUGACAACCUAUGAGUAUAUUAUCUAAUUGAGAGAAAUUAAGAGAGUUAAAUAAAAUUAAAAAGCACUAAUGCUACUUUCUAAAAAUAAAUAGUAAGAGCAAGCAAUCAAAUUAGAGUAAGAUAAGUUAAAGAAAACGAUUGAAAAUGUAUAAAAGUAGGAUUAAUAGUCUGAUUAGUCUUCUAAAUCAGGUUAUGGAGAUGAAGAAUUUGAAGAGCAGAAAUCUAAUGUCAUGAACAAUGGUGGUGAGACUAGAAAGCACCGCACUUCGAUUAACAAUAAAAAAGAAAUAAGUAUUUAUUCAUCUACAAAUAAUAAGCCUGAUAAAGUCGACCAUGAAGUAGUAGGGAAUUUAGAAACCAAUAGAACUAAGAAACAGAUCAAUGAUAUAUAAAAUUAGAUAGUCUAAAUUGCAAAUGAGCAGUAACAGCAAAUAGAUUAAUAAAGCAUAUAGCAGAUAUUAGAAAAGCAAGAAACAGAUUCAAUUAUAAAUCGGUCCAUGCGAAAGCUUAGAAAAAUUGUUUCUCUCAAAAUGGUGUUUCCUGAGAAAGAGCUAGUACAUGUUAGCUAGCCUUAAAGUAGAAAUUAGAGUGUUAGCAGUAUUUAACAAAGUAUUAAUCAUGUCUAUAAUUAGAGUGAUAAUAUUUUUACAAGCAAGUAAGCAGCUCUUAAAGCACCAUAAAAUAGUGAAUAAAAGAGCUAAAAUAAAGUUGCUAUGCAGUAUCCUUAAAAUGAAAAUUCAAUAAUUUCACUAAAGUAACCAAUCUCGCAGGAACAAUAAAACAAAAUAUUUAAAAACCAAUCGAUAAGCAAUGUAGAGAUUUAGUAAGAAAAGGUUUUCUUUUCAAGUAUGUAAAAUCCAACCAAAAAAGAGCAUGAACUAAAUAAUAGAGUUUUCAGUCCAGGAAAAACAAGAUAAGUACUUGAGACAGACGAAAGCUUUGAAAAAAAUUUAAAUUUAUAAAAGAAAAUAGUAGUUGAUGGAGGCAGAUAAAAUGAGAUAUAGAAUAAUAUAAAUGAAAAAAUGAAACAGUAAUCAUUUGAAAUAAAUAUUCUAGAUGAGAAUAAUUAAGGUAACUCUGUACCUUUGAAUAUAUAAUCAUUUUAAAAUGAUAAUUCAAUGUUAAAUUAACUGAAUCAAACUUUAGAAGAAAAUAAUAAAACAAGAGAUAAAAUUAUUAAUUAUGACUAAACAGAAAAAGAUUUAGAAAAUCAAAUCAACUUGUAAGAAAAUUUAUUGAAACAAGAUGAAAAAAGUUUAGAAGAAAAAUAGCUAAGCUAAUUAAUUAACCAAAAUAAUGAUAUAAUCUAAAGUAAAAAAUAGGAAAUUUAGCAAACUAUAUAAUUUAAAAUUUAAUCUAAGCUACAUUUUGACGACUUUGAACAGUCAUGA